AUGUCGACAGCAGGAUCUUUUUCACAAAUACCACUCCCAUCAAAGCAGCAGCAAGGUCCGGGACACAGAAUAGGAGUGGCUCCGCCCAACCUUGCUGGCGACCCAGCUUUCCACUAUGGCGGAGGUAUUCACAACUUUGAUAAUGUGCCCUCGGAGCUUGUGAACACACAAUUACUUAUUGAUAAUGAGGCUAUGGACCAGACCGAUGCUGAUUUCCAAUUCAUAUUCGACUAUGAGGAUGAGGGAGCUAUGCAGAUGGAAGGUAUGAACUGGCCGCUCACCCCGCCGCUCACGCUCAACCCCCCACCCACCAUUCCAGCAGCUGGUUCUGUUAACGGCGGCAUUGUUUCUCCUGGUUCUAAUGCUCCGGUCCACUCGCCCCCUCGAAACUUGUCGCGGUUUUCCUCUACUUCGUCUUUGCCAGGCCUGGUACAUACCUCACCCCACAGACGGGGAAGCAUGGCAGGCGAUCGAUCGCGACCUGCAUCACGAGGGCCUUCGCCUGAUGAACGACGCAAUAGUAAAGUGAAAGGCCAGGCAAGGAUCGCGAAGAAACCUAGCCGACAGCAACUUCGAAGCAAGAAGAGUUUGCUGAACAUGCAAGAGGAGCUCAAGAGCCCCCCUCCGACGACGGCUUCAUUGACGAACGGUGGAACCAAGUCCAUGACAACUUCUUCUAUUCAGAUGAACCGACAACCUCGGCAUUUUCAAUCUGUUGGACAAUUCGGUACCCCUAUGAGGCAGGCACCCAACAAUAUGCAGACGGCUGCGGCAGCAACAGCUCUCUAUCCAGCCGUUGAAGAGUAUUCUGAAGCAAGCUUUCAACGUGAAAGCAUGACCCCAUUAAGGCAAAAUAUGGCCCCUCCGUCGUCGACGCCGAAUGCAAUGGCAGCGGCCGCGGCAGCAGCCGCGGCAGCAAGUCAAGGCGGACCAACAUCGACGCCGGUUCGCCGAGAGCCUGCGAAUGGGUCGCCAUCAACAAUUGUUGUUAAUGGCAGCUCCACAAUACAAAGGACGAAGAUUAGCCGCCCAUCGGCGCAACCUUCUCCCACGCCAGCUGUGAGAAUGCAUUCAUCUACAAAGCUUGUUGCAGUUGCUAGCGACAUGUCACCUGCCAAGGGUAUGUUCGUUCAAGAGAAGAAGAAGUUCACUGUGCCGCCCAAAAAGACAUCCAAGUCAUCCAAGGCCAUUCCGGAAAUGUCUUUAGCCAUGUCGCAAUUCCAAGUGCAACUGAACCCCCAGCCGUCAGUGAAAUCCAAGGCGAGCACACAGAAUAUGCGACCCCAGCCAGUACGCCACAUGCAGCUAGGCGGGCAGCCCAAUAAUCACUUGUUGCAGAAUGGCCAACCAAGAUCUCUGGCAGUGUCGGCUGCUGCAGUUGCAUCUCAGCCACCACCGAACAUGCAGCCCUACUAUCUCAGUCCUGGAAACGGCGGUAUGCCCAAGCAGAUGCCACGGCAACCAGUUCGCAUGCAAAAUACCGCAGACCAACGAUACGGUCUUGGUUUAAUGAUGGAUAAUGGGCAACAGCCCCCAAAUUACCAUGGGAACGGGUUCGUGAACUACUCUGUACAGCAACAGCACAAUAAACCACAUUUUGCAGCGCAAGCCGGAGCGGCUGCGCUCGGUGCCCGAAACCGACGACCAUUGCAUCCUUCCCCUCAUGUUCAACCCCAGGCGCCUGCGCCGCAUCAACACCACCAUCGGGCACCGCCAGCACCCCAGCAACUGCAGCCGCCACCGCCCAUGAUGCACGAAGUUUUGACAACACGAGAAGACCAGCCGCAGUCCAUGAGCUUUGGAAUUCCACCGUCGUGGUCUCCACAGCAGCGGCCGGUCCCACCGCUGUCGUCGCCCGGAUCAGGAUCGCGAAGCGAAUCUUUGCAAUCGCGGGUGUCGGCGAUCUCGCUGGAUGAAGCAUCCUGGACAGUGUUCAAUCCCAGCCAUUUCUCAAAUGGGGUUUACGAGAAAAGCGGCUCAAAGACGAACGUGGCAAGCACCGUUUCGCUUGACUCAUUCCCUAAAACGGCCUCUGCGCUCUCUCAAAGUACGUCACCCACGAUCCAAGACCACGCGGUCGAGGGGACCCCCAAGAUAGGAUCAGUGGUAACGAACAUGGAAGAGUUUGCUGUUGGCUGGAAUGACGAGACCGAGGACGGUGGAUGGGACGUUAUGGACCUCCUCCAGCCCGAGUUCGCCUUUGAAUAA